AUGAUGCGGCCGGAGCGGCGUCAACUUCUGGACAGAAGUCUUAUAGACCUGAGCCGGGAAAUGGAUGUUGAUGAUGUGCUUCUCUAUCUGCAAAGCAAAGGAGUGUUCCCGGAUUUGGUGGUCGACAAAGUUUUG